UAUGGGAUUUAACAUUCAAUGAAAACAAAGUCGAUCGGAGACAGUCAUGGGCACAGCACUGUGUAAAUAUUACUGUGCUUUCUGCCCUUGCCGCCACUGUCGAUCCAGUUCUAAUGACAGCAAUGAAGAGACUUCAAAACGAGCAGACAGUUUAUUUUAUACGAACCCAGAUAAUCCUCGGUCGCGUUAUGUCACGCUCUACAAUUACAAACCCCGCACUUCAGAGGACCUCCUCGUCAAAGAAGGGGAAAAGGUUGAAAUUGUAAGCAGAGAAGGCGAAUGGACAUUGGUCAAAAAAAUAGAAGGUCAAGGUGUAGCGCAGCGAGUGAAGGAGGGUUACGUGCCUUCAAGCUUCGUCGCCGAAGUGGGGAGCCUGGCUGCUGCACGAUGGUUCUUUGGCGGAAUGACCCAUGUAGAUGUAAAGAGGUGUCUGCUGCGAGAUGAAAACCAAAAUGGUUCCUUCCUAGUUUGGCAGAAUAAGGAAAUGGAUGACCUUUAUUUCCUGUCAGUGCGUUAUGGUGACAUAGUGAAACACUACAAAAUCAAUGAGGAGACAGAUUAUCAGAACUUGUCCCGGCUAAUCAAUCAGUGCUCAGAAGAGGCAGGUUAUUUGUGCACACGGUUAACUGAACCAUGUGUAAAGCUUGAUCGCCCAUCCAUUUGCACUCUAGCUCACAUUGCUGAAUGGGAAAUCCAACACGACUCGCUUCAGAAAAAAAAGCUCAUAGGGAGCGGUCACUUCGGAAAAGUGUGGGAAGGCACCUGGAAUGGCACCACUGAGGUGGCGAUCAAAGAACUGAAUGGAGUGGGUGUACAGUUGAAGAAAUUCUUGGAAGAAGUUGAGAUCAUGAAGCAAUUACGGCACGAAAGGUUGAUCAAACUUUUAGCUGUGUGCACAGAAAGGGAACCAUUUUGUAUAGUGACAGAGUUAAUGGCAAAAGGAAAUCUCCACAAUUACCUCGAGUCUCAUUCAGAAACAAGGAAUCUGGAAUUUUCUUUGCUCAAUGGCUUUGCCAUUCAGAUUGCAGAAGGAAUGGUCUACCUUGAAGAGAAACGUUGCAUUCACAGAGACCUACGAACUGAAAAUGUCCUCCUUACAGAAAUGCUCUGUUGUAAGAUCUGUGACUUUGGCCUUGCACGACUGCUUGAGAGUGAUCGGUGCGGGAUGACAGAUGAUUGUAAAGUUCCAAUUAAGUGGAUGGCACCAGAAAUUUUCCUUGAACAGAAUUAUACCAUAAAGUCUGAUGUGUGGUCUUUUGGUGUCCUGCUGACAGAAAUUGUGUCAUAUGGUGAGACUCCAUUUCCAGAUAAAAGCGCACAAGAAUUUGCAAUUGAUUUAUUGAAUGGAAUAGACAUCUCUCCUCCUGCCUGCUGCCCAGACAGUCUUAAUGAUAUCGUGCUUCAGUGCUGGAAUCGGAAUUCAGAAGAAAGGCCAACAUUUAAAGACCUUCAAGCCAUGCUAAUGAAAUGUAGCCCAAUGCUAAAAACAGAAAUAUUACUUUCUAUCAACACUGGAUUGCAACAGUAAAAAAUUGGGAAGAUCGCACAGCAUCUAACACACUUGGAAAACAAAUCAAAUUACAUCAGCUACCAACGAGAGUAGGAUGGGGAUCCUGGAUGAACUUUCAUACUGUGUGUUCAAACAGUAUAAAUACAGCUUUGUAAAUUUGAGAGCACUUUACUGAAAAUAGCAAUGUCAAAAAUCAUUGAAGGAUUCAUGCCCUUCAAUAACAAGACCAUAGGUAUUUAAGAUAUAGGAGUAAAAUUAGGCCAUUUGGCACAUUGAGUCUGCUCUGCCCUUUCAUCAUGGUUGAUCCAAUUUUCCUCUCAGCCCCAGUCUCCUGCCUUCUCCCCAUAUCCCUUCAUGCUCUGGCCAAUCAAGAAUCUAUCAACCUCUGCCUUAAAUGUCUAAAGCCUUGGCCUCCACAGCUGCCUAUGGCAAAGAAUCCCACGGAUUCACCUCUCAUUGUCUCAUCUCCAUUCUAAAAGGUCGCCCUUCUAUUCUGAGGUUGCAUGCUCUAAGAUUCUAAUGUCAUUUGACACUAAUCCCAUAUGCUACAGUAAAAAUAACCCCAAGGAUUAUUGUGACACUUUUUAACCACAAAACUCGGAACAACUCUUUUUUUCAUAUACAACUCUCCAGUAUAUCAUGAGCUCUACUGUUUAUAGGGAAGAACUUGCCAUUUUAAUGAGUUAUGUGGUAUUUCACUGUACAAGCAUCCAAGUAAAUGGCAGUGUUUUAAGCAGACUCCCUAGAUCCCUGGAAACUAUCUAGUCAUCAUCCCUUUCAGCAAUUACAAUCUAAUACAGUACGCACAGUGUUUACCAAAUGCAAUCCUGCCUAGUUCCUUUACAAUUGCAAGAAGACACAAGAAUAAAGGCCAAUAUGCAAUUUGUCUUAUAAAGAACUACUCAUUUCAUUGAACAAUUAGGCAAGUCUAAUCAGGUAGGUACUGAAUACACAAAUGAUAGAAACUCUGUAGAUGCUGGAAAUCUGAGCAACACACACAAAAUGCUGGAGGAACUCAGCAAGCCGUACCUAUGGAAAAAAGUACGGUCAAUGUUUUGGGCUGAAACCCUUUGGAAGGAAUGGAGAAAAAAAGCUGAGGAGUUAGAUUUGAAAGGUGGUGGGGAGACAGAGAAACACCGGGCAAUAGCUGAAGCUUGGAGGGGGAGGGAUGAAGCAAAGAGCUAGGAAGUUAGAACUAUAGAACCAUAGAAACUACAGCACAGAAACAGGCCCUUUGGCCCUUCUUGGCUGUGCCAAACCAUUUUCUGCCUAGUCCCACUGACCUGCACACGGACCAUAUCCCUCCAUACACCUCCCAUCCAUGUAUCUGUCCAAUUUAUUCUUAAAUGUUAAAAAAGAACCCGCAUUUACCACCUCAUCUGGCAGCUCAUUCCAUACUCCCACCACUCUGUGUGAAGAAGCCCCCCCCCAAUGUUCCCUUUAAACUUUUCCCCCCUCACCCGUAACCCAUGUCCUCUGGUUUUUUUUCUCCCCUUGCCUCAGUGGAAAAAGCCUGCUUGCAUUCACUCUAUCUAUACCCAUCAUAAUUUUAUAUACCUCUAUCAAAUCUCCCCUCAUUCUUCUACGCUCCAGGGAAUAAAGUCCUAACCUAUUCAACCUUUCUCUGUAACUGAGUUUCUCAAGUCCCGGCAACAUCCUUGUAAACCUUCUCUGCACUCUUUCAACCUUAUUUAUAUCCUUCCUGUAAUUUGGUGACCAAAACUGAACACAAUACUCCAGAUUCGGCCUCACCAAUGCCUAAUACAACCUUAUCAUAACAUUCCAGCUCUUAUACUCAAUACUUCGAUUAAUAAAGGCCAAUGUACCAAAAGCUCUCUUUACGACCCUAUCUACCUGUGACGACACUUUUAGGGAAUUUUGUAUCUGUAUUCCCAGAUCCCUCUGUUCCACUGCACUCCUCAGUGCCUUACCAUUAACCCUGUAUGUUCUACCUUGGUUUGUCCUUCCAACGUGCAAUACCUCACACUUGUCAAUAUUAAACUCCAUCUGCCAUUUUUCAGCCCAUUUUUCCAGCUGGUCCAAGUCCCUCUGCAGGCUCUGAAAACCUUCCUCACUGUCUACUACACCUCCAAUCUUUGUAUCAUCAGCAAACUUGCUGAUCCAAUUUACCACAUUAUCAUCCAGAUCAUUGAUAUAGAUGACAAAUAACAAUGGACCCAGCACUGAUCCCUGUGGCACACCACUAGUUGAUUGGUGAAAGAGAGAAGGCCAUGGAAGAAAGAAGGAAGUUGGGGGGAGAGGAGCACCAGAGGGACUGGCUAUAAAGUUAGCACGAAUUUGUUAAGACAUUUGUCAAGGAAACAAACAACACGGCUAUUGGGAAGAAAUCCAUUUGGCCAGAGCACCAGCCAUGGGAGCUGUGUAUUAUGAGAUUAUGAUAUCUUGUCUGUUCCAUUCACUGCCUACCCAUUCUCACCAACUUUUCACUGCCAACUUUCAGGAAGAUGGAGAAAACCAAGCAAACUGGGUUAAGUUUCAAAACAAGAAGUCACAGUCCUGACCGUUAAUUCCCCAUUUUCUCCCAAUCCCAAUUCCCUUUGACGGCAGCACACCUGGUUCUCAUCAAGACCUGCAGCAUAAAAACCCCAGCUUUGCAUCCACUCAUUGCCAGAUCAUUGUUUGGCCAGUGUUGUAAUUAAUGUUCCCGGCCACUUAGGAUUGUGUAUUUUAAGUUUUACUUCAGUACUGAGGUUUACCUGUGUAAAUCCGUCUCUCUGUGUCAAGAAAAGUAUUGUCUACCACUUGCCUUUCUACGCUCCAUGUGAAGAUAAGGGUUGCCUGCCGCCUGCCUUUCUGUUUGCCGUUCAACUCCAGCAACGCUUCGUGUCAGGUUCCAGCUACGGUCACGCCCUCGUCUGCAUCCUAACCCUAUCUCCGUGCCAGUGGGUUCGCCCUGUUCCUUGCAACACAAGAAGGUACAGUAGUUUUUAUUUUGUGAUUAACAUACUUUAAUUAUCAACAGAGAAGCAAAGGUGUGUUAGUCAUUUAAGUAUGUUAAUUACACGAUAAAUGUCACUGUACCUAUCUGUUUGGAUCUGUCUGUUUGAUAAUUGCAAUUAAUAGGUCAGGAUGAGGGCUUUACCAGCAAUGUGAACAUUUACAAGUCAUCCCUAACUGCCCUUGAGAAAGCGAUGAUUCAUCACCUUUGAGAACCCAAGCAACCUUUCCGGUGAAGACUUCCACUUGAUGUCCUGCCAUCAGCCAAUCUACCACCAUACCUUUGGUGUCUUCUUGCAAGUCAAGUAUGUAAUUGGCCACUGCAGCAGUCCCGGUAGUACAAUAUUCAUUACGUGCCACCAUCCAGACAAACACCCAUUUAUGCCUGCUCUCUAUUUCCUGUUAUCUAGCCAAUCUUCUACCCUCUCAAAUGGGUUACCUCCACAGCUCGGCCUUUUACUUUCCACAAUAGUAUUUCAUGAAAUAUCCUUUCAAGUGCCCUCUUGACAUUUUUUUUAAAAUAUAUUAUUUUAUUGAGUCCCCCUCCCCAGCCUCGCCCUCUUGACAUCUAAUGAUUCAAUUGAUCUACCUCCAUCCACAGCACACUUCUUGAAAGAAGCCUAAUAAACUGGUUAAUCAUAGUUCCCUUUCAACAAACUGUUCAUUUUGCCUGAGUAAUUUAAAUUUUGCUGUGGACUGCUAUUAUGUAAAUAAUUACACGUCCUAAUGUUUCCAAAAACUUCCCUCUAAGACAUGUUAAGACAUUUAAUCUGUAGUUCCCCGUCUUCUGUCUCUUUAAAAAAGGAGUUGAAAUCCAGAACAAAUUUCUCUUAAUCUAGCAAAUUCUGGAGAAUUAAAACCAAUGACUCAACUAUCUUACUAGCCAUUUCUUUAAGAUCCUAUGACGAAAUCCUUGGGGAACCAGAGACUUGCCAGCCUGGAUCUCCAUCAAUUUGCUCAGUGCCACUUUCUUGGGGAUAGUAAUUUUCCUGAGUUCCAGUUUUGAUUUACAGCUAUUUUUGGGUGUUUCUUUCUAUAGUGGAGACUGAUGCAAAAUAAUCUUUAACUCUUCUUUUACUUUAUAUGUCAAUGAAUUGGAUGAUACAAAAGCAAAGACGUAACGUUGAAACUUUAUAAAGCACUGGUGAGGCUUCACUUGGAGUAUUGUGAGCAGGUUUGGGCCCCUUAUAAGACCAUAAGACAUAGGAGCAAAUUAGACCAUCUGGCCUAUUGAGUCUGCUCCACCAGUCAAUCAUGGCUGAUCCUUUUUUUUCCUAUCUUCUCCUCAGCCCCAGUUCCCGGCCUUCUCCCUGUAACCUUUGAUACCAUGUCCAAUCAAGAACCUAUCAAUCUUUGCCUUAAAUACACCCAACAACCUGGCCUCUACAGCUGCCAUGUGGCAACAAAUUCCACAAAUUCACCACCCCUUGGCUAAAGAAACUUCUCCGCAUCUCUGUUUUGAAAGGGCGCCCCUCUUUCCUGAGGCUGUGCCCUCUUGUCCUAGACUCUUCCACCAUGGAAACACCCUUUCCACUUCUACUCUGUCUAGGCCUUUCAACAUUCAAAAGGUUUCAAUGAGAUCCCCCCUCAGCCUUCUGAAUUCCAGCGAGUACAAACCCAGAGCCAUCAAACGUUCAUAGAAACAUAGAAAACCUUCAGCACAAUACAAGCCCUUCGGCCCACAAUGCUGUUCCUUGUAUGAUAAUCCUUAGAAAGGAUGUACUGAAACUAGAGAGGGUACAUAGGUUUAUGAAAAUGAUUCCGGGAUUGAAUGACUUGUCAUAUGAAGAAUGUAUGAUGGCUCUUGGCCUGUAUUCUGAGAAUUCAGAAGAAUGAGGGAUGACCUCAUUAAAAUCUAUAAAAUGCUGAAAAGCCUUGAUAAGAGUGGAUGGGCCAACUGGCCUAACUCUGCUCCUGUAUCUUAUGGUCUUAUAGUGUUCUCCUUGUUUACUAUUGUAUGAACUACGUUAACUCUCAUUACCUGUAUUUACUGUAUAUUGCCAAAUAUUUAUAGCUUGUGCUCUAAUUUUGCUUUUAUUAACCUUUUGAACAUAUAUUUUAUAUCAUGCUUUUUUUCUGACCCGCCACCCUUCUCUGUGUUUUUGCUUUAAGUGACUAACUAUAUUUAAGUUCUUGGAAUUUAACUUCCCCUGGAAUUUUUCUUUCUCUUUGGAUUGUACCUGUACAGUGUAUUAUGGAGGAUUCCCUUGUCUGCCAUGUUAUUGCCAUGAAUGGAUCCUUUAAUCUAAUCUACCAGUUCGCCUUGGCACACAUUCCUUUCAUGCCCUUAUUUAACAUGAAAAUGCUAGUUUUGCACAUAUUCUUCACUCUUUAACUUCUUGAUCUUAAAAUUAAAUCUUUUCUAAGAAACUAUUCCCACAAUAUUCUGUUGGCUCCGAUAUUAUUUUACCCAUCUGUUUUUCCUGUCUAUAUAGAUUUUAACUUCAGGUAAUUUUCCCCUGCCCCCUUUACUCUAUUUCCUUUCCCCAUUCUGGCUCCCCUCUCACCCAUUCUUUUCACCUCACCUGCCCAUCACCUCCCACCAAUGCUCCUCCUCCUUCCCCUUCUCCCAUGGUCUAUUGACCUCUCCGAUUAGAUUCUUUCUUCUUCAGCCUUUUACCUCUUCCACCUAUCACCUCCCAGCUUCUCACUACUUUCCCCCUUCCUCCCUUCCUCCACCCACCCACCUGGUUUCACCUGUCACCUGCCAGCUUGUGCUCCUUCCUCUCCCCCUACCCUUAUUCUGGCUUCAUUCUCCCUUCCUAAUGAAGGCUCCCAGCCUGAAGCAUUAACUGUUUAAUCCUCUCCUUAUUGCUGCCUGACCUGCCGAGUUCCUCCAGCAUUUAGCGUGUGUUGCUCUGAAUUUCCAGCAUCUGCAAAAUCUCUCGUUUUGGUCUGCCAAACUUAGACUCCUGCUGUAUCAUUUUGGUUGGUGUUACAGCCAGGAUCCAGAAACUACUUUAACUGGCAUUACUUGCGAUGUCACUUCUCACCACUGGCAUUGUGUAAUUUGCCAAGGCACAGAUGAAUCAUUGUAUUGGAAUAAAACUACCCUUUUCCUAUUCAUGUGCUCAGUUAAUAUCACCAUGAUACCAUUCAAAAAUGUAAGCUCUUGUCUUCAUCUCAGCUCUACAAUAGUGUUCAUUGAGGUGCAGGCUACUUUUAAAUGGAGAUAAUCUCACUGAACUUCCCAUCUUCUGAACAGGUCACAUGAGUAGGUGUGCGACUAGCAAUGGUACCUCCUACAGAUUAAUAAAGCCAGAUCACAACAGUAGAUUGGUUCUUCCAAAGUUGUCAGACAGACAUAGAGCAUGACCUGUAGAUUUGCAGCGCCUGCAAAAGUCACCCCAAUGAUUUAAAAAUUAAAAAACUAUAUAUUAAGAAAGCUGUAUUCUUUAGUUUUGCCAUAAGUGAUUGGUACAUUGUCCAGUAACAGGUAAAAUUAUCUGGUCCAACUCAAGCCACUCAGUUUAUGUAUAAACAUAGUUUAUAAAAAUAAUGAAUUGGUAAUUAUGAUCACAAAACUGAUGAUGACUUUGCAGUGAAAAUACACAGCAAUUUGAUUAACUGGGGACUUCCAACAAACUGAGGCAUGAAGUUCAAAUGGGACAAACUUCAGCAAAUCACAACCACACUGCAAACGCAGCUCACUUGUUUUGGGUCUGUAUUAGAAAAAUAUAGUGCAAAGUGGACAACACAAUGCAGAAAAAGCAUCUCAGUGAAACCAAAUUUCUAAUUAUUUUGUUAUGUAAGGGUUUUUAAACCAUUGAACACGUCUACACAGCGCUGACACAAGAAAGCAGCAUCCAUCAUCAGGGAUCCUUACCACCCAGCUCAUGCUCUCUUCUCACUGCUGGCAUCAAGAAGAAGGUACAGGAACAUCAGGACUCACAUCUCCAGGUUCAGUGACACUUAUUACCCCUCAACCACCAGGCUUUUGAACCAAACGUUCGAAACAUUGUGGGCCGAAGGGCUUGUAUUGUGCUGAAGGCUUUCUAUGUUUCUAUGAAUGUUUGAUGGCUCUGGGUCUGUACUCGCUGGAAUUCAGAAAAAUAGCCCCAUUACUGAAAUGUUCCCACAAACAAUGGACUCACUUUCAAGGACUCAAUGUCUCAUGCUCUCGAUAUUUAUUGUUUACUUUAUUUAUUAUUAUUAAUUCCUUUUUUCAUACUUGUACAAUUUGUUACCCUUUGCACACUGGUUGCCCAUCUUGUUGGGUACAGUCUUUCAUUCAUUCUAUUAUGGUUAUUGAAUUUAUUGAGUAUGCCCACAAGAAAAUGAAUCUAUGGUGACACAUAUGUACUUUGAUAAUACAUAGAUGGUUAAAGAAAUUUUAAAAAUAAAUAUCUCAUGCAUUUUAUAAAUCUCUUUUGUAUCUCUAUGUCAAUAAAGUCUUUGUAAAUAUGUAUACCAUUGUAAUGAAAUAAA